AUGAGAAAUAUCAGUGAGUUACCUGAAGACUUGCUGGUGAAGAUUCUGUUACUAAUCCCGACAAAAGAGGUUGUUGCGACGUCACUUUUGUCCAAACGAUGGCGUUCCGUGUGGAAACUAGUUCCCAAGCUCGACUUUCACGACGGUUCAUACAGAUACCAUGCCACAUCCGCUGCACCUUCAGAUUUUAUCACCAAAUUUUUGGAGCUAAACAUAUCCCCAGUUCUAGAAACUUUCCAUCUCAAUCUUUGUAAUCGCCGAGAUUACGCCCCUGAGACUUUAGAAAAAUGGGUUAACGUUGCGGUUGCUCGUAACGUGCUUGAUCUCAACCUUCUUUAUUACUACUGCUGUGAUUUCAUACCGUUCCCUAUGAGCUUGUACACACACGAAACCCUACUUGUGUUACGUCUCCAAGGAACGAGUAUUGAGAACGUUCCUUCCAAAACAUGUUUCAGGAGUCUCAAGACUUUAUCUCUUCAAGAUAUGAGAUUCUCGAAUGAUCAGACCGUUGAGAGGUUUCUGUCUUGCUUCCCUGUUCUUGAAGCGUUGGUUAUACGUCGAUGGAUAGCUGACAAUGUGAAGACGUAUUCGAUUUGUGUCCCGUCGCUUAAAAGCUUAGAGGUUGAGUACUUAGUAUGUGGUUAUCAAGAUCCGAGAUAUGAUCAUGGAUAUGUGAUCAAUGCUCCUUGUUUAAAGUAUUUACGUAUUGUCGACCAUUUUAGCGGGUUUUGUUCGUUUGUGAAUGUCCCCGAGCGUUUGGAAGCAAAGAUCCAACUUAGGUUUUGUGAUUCUGAGAAGCUUCUUGGAUCUCUUGCCUCAGCUAGACAACUUUCCUUGUGUUUAAUACCACAUAAGGAUCCAUAUCUAAAAGGAGACUUUGAUCAGCUCGUGUCUCAAGAGCUUUGUGUUAUGUGCUCUUUAGAUUGGUUGAAUAUUAUUCUCAGACAUUCUCCUAAACUUCGAGCUCUUAGGCUGUCUCGAACGGUAAGUUAUGGUCUCAACCUAGAUGGUGUUGCGCAUAGACACAGCUGCCAAAAUUCUAAACAUGAACGGACUAACUGGGAGAGACCGAGUUGUGUUCCUGAGUGUUUGAUGUCCAGUCUUGAAACUGUUGAGUGGAUUGCAUAUAAAGGAACAGAAGAAGAGGCAAAUGUGUUGAAGUAUUUGUUAGAGAAUGGGAACCUUAGCUUGAAAAAGCGUUUGAGCAAGGUCAGUUAUGAAAUUCUUAGCUUGGGAAGGUCAGGCGAUGGAGAUACCACCGUUUUGGACUUGGAAGGAUAA